AUGGGCCUGCGAGCCCGGCCGACGCUUCUCUUUUUGAUGUUCUUGCCGAUCGUAGCCCCCAACGGGCGGCGUCUGCGGUCACACUCUCUGCAAUACUUUUUCAUGGGCGCCUCGGAACCAGACCUGGGUCUUCCCCUGUUUGAGGCCUUGGGCUAUGUGGAUGACAAGCUGUUUGUGUCCUACUCCCAUGAGAGUCGCCGUGCUGAGUUUCGUGAUCCAUGGGUCUCUGAAGGGACUACCAGCCAGCUGUGGUUGCAGCUGAGUCAGAGCCUAAAAGGAUGGGACCACAUGUUCACCAUUGACUUCUGGACCAUCAUGGACAACCACAACCACAGUGAAAAGUCCCACACCCUGCAGGUGAUUCUGGGCUGCGAGAUACAGGAAGACAACAGCACCUCGGGGUUUUGGAAGUAUGGAUAUGAUGGACAAGACCAUCUUGAAUUCUGCCCCGAGACACUGGAUUGGAAAGCAGCAGAUUCCAAGGCUCAGGCCACCAAGCUGGAGUGGGAAGUGACCAAGAUUCGGGCCAAGCAGAACAGGGCCUACCUCGAGAGGGACUGCCCUGAGCAACUUCAUCAGUUGCUAGAACUGGGAAGAGAAGUUCUGGACCAGCAAGUGCCUCCUUCUUUGGUGAAGGUGACUCACCACAUGGUCUCUGAAUCGACUACUCUACGCUGUCAUGCGCUGAACUUUUUAUCCCAGAACAUCACGAUGAGGUGGUUGAAAGACAAGGAGCCUCUGAAUACUAAAGACAUUGAGCCAGUGGAGAUUCUGCCCAAUGGGGAUGGGACCUACCAGAGCUGGAUAGCCGUGGCCGUGUCUCCUGGGGAAGAACAGAGAUACAUCUGCCAGGUGGAACACCCAGGCCUGGACCAGCCCCUCACUGCCAUCUGGGAGCCUUCGUCUUCUGGCCCCCUAGUCAUUGGAAUCGUCAGUGGGAUCACUGUUUGUGUUAUCAUCUUCUUUGCUGGAAUUUUGUACAGAAUCUUAAAGAGGAGGAAUGUUUCCAGACGAACCAUGGGGGACUAUGUCUUAGCGGAAGUGAACUUGACCCAAGUGAAAGGAAAACAGCAGAAAACAACCUACUGA